AAAAUAACGAUGCGGAAGAAAGGAGUGGAACAAUUGAAGAUUUCCCAGGCUUAAUACAAGGAUUGUGUGACUAAUGGCUUACUGUAAAUUGUACAAGUCACGGUCUGAAUAGUUUCAUCUCUUUUCAAAAUCAAACACUGAGGGUGUGUCUGGGUCACUGCUACUACUACGGCAUGCAGGAUGGGCCAAACGCGCUCGGAUCUUUCGCACAGCAGCGGCACACCAGGCAGAGCGAAGUGGAAAGCGGGCGAGGCAGCCCAUCGACUCCGUAUCCGCAGAUUUAGGAGCGGAGAGAAACCACGGAGUGACCAGUUAAACAGGAAUCCGAUGAAAAACAAAGUGUUGUCGUGUCUGGGAAGGAGAAAGCGAGGCUCCAGUCAAACUGAGGAGGAUUUAGGUUGCGGAAACGCAGCUGGAGAUCCAGCAACGCGCCGCGGCCACAGAGUGGGAAAGUUGCCGAGGGACGAGGUUGUGUCGGCGGUUGGGGAGCACCGAGCAGCUCGGGGUUGUUUUGACACAGCACCCGGCCUUGAUGGUAGUAUCGAAGCUAUCCAGCACGUCGUGAACCGAGAGACGACGGCUGGCCCGUCCGAUGCGUCUGUCUUCGAGACGCGGACCGGUGAAGUCAGCGGUGCGGGUAGCGAGCAGCGAGAGGACAAUGCCUUGGAUCCCCCGACGAGGGCCAUGGAAGAUCAGCCGCUGGGGGGAAACAACCAGGAUCGCAUUGUGUCUGAGGUUAAAGUAAAGACUGGUACUAGUCCGAGUUCAGCACCGCUGCUCACCUCUGACCCGGACACUGAGCGGACUGUGUGCAGCUUGCCCUCGGAUCCACAUGUGGAUGGUGGGCUGUCUGUUAAGGACGAUCGUGUUGAGGCUAAAAUGACAAAAACUGACUGUAGUACCGUCUCAUGUCCGCCCAAAGCGGCCGGGGACCAAAGCAACUGUUGUCCGGUUGAAACUGAGAACCAAAAGGAGUCUGAUCAGACCCAGCAGGGUCCCAUAGGAGGCCAAAGUUUUCCAGGAACUAUACCGAAGCUCAUCAUAACCAGAGACCCCAGUCCGACCCGCCCUCAGGGGACACCAGCCCUGCUGACCGUCCGGCUCAGCACCGGCUCCUGUCUGGAACCGCACCCGGACGACGAGUCUCCCUGCUCGGACAGCGGCUGUGGAGGGUCUCCAGCUCUGAUGCGCUCCCCGAGGAAGCUGUCCAACUCGUCCUCCAUCGGCCUGUCGUCCGCCUCGUCCUUCGAGGAGUCCGAGGACGACUUCACCGGCAGCGACAUCGAGUCCAGCCUGUCUCCGGCCCGGUCUAUGUGCAGCCCGGACGAUGGGACAGGGAAUAAGUCCUGGCAGAAGUUGAAGACCAUGGUUCACUGGUCUCCCUUUGUUGUGUCCUUCAAGAAGCGUUACCCGUGGGUGCAGCUCGCUGGCCAUGCAGGUAACUUCCAGGCCGGGGAGUACGGGCGCUUGUUGAAGCGAUACUGUGAGUGUGAGCAGCAGUGCCUACAGAAGCUGAUGAAGGACAUUCUGUGUCCUCAUGUGCCUGGAUAUUAUGGUGUAGUGCAGAGAGACGAGCAGGACUAUAACCUGAUGGAUGACCUGCUGGCUGACUUUGACUCACCUUCCAUCAUGGACUGUAAGAUGGGCAGCAGGACAUACUUGGAGGAGGAGCUGAUAAAAGCCAGAGAGCGUCCACGUUUGAGGAAGGACAUGUAUGAGAAGAUGGUCGCUGUGGACCCCGGGGCGCCUACAGAACAGGAGCGAGCCCAGCAGGGAGUCCUCAAACCGCGAUACAUGCAGUGGAGGGAGACGCUCAGCUCCACUGCCACCCUGGGCUUCCGCAUCGAAGGCAUCAAGAAAGCUGAUGGAACUUGCAACACCAACUUUAAGAAGACAAAGCACAAAGAACAAGUGAUGCAAGCCUUGGAGGACUUUGUCAAUGGCAACACUCAGAUUCUGAAACUCUACCUGCAGCGGUUGGAGGAACUCCGCUCAGUGCUUGAGCAGUCACCAUUCUUUAAGACACACGAGGUUGUGGGAAGCUCUCUUCUGUUUGUGCACGACGCCUCGGGAAAAGCCAGAGUGUGGAUGAUCGACUUCGGUAAGACGGUUCCCCUGCCAGCCCCUCGGACCCUGGACCACAGGACUCCCUGGGUGGAGGGCAACAGGGAGGACGGCUACCUGUGGGGACUGGACAACCUCAUAGACAUCUUCAGCAGUAUGCUCCCACAGACCCCUUGAGUGGGAGACUCAGAAAACUGCAACGAAAGAUUGGUGAAUGUUCAGAUGGUGGAAGAAAUGCAAAGAAAAGUUGAGAAGAUCACACAAACUGAGACAGAGGAGGACGGACUAGAAGAGAGCCAGCAAUUUGAUUACUUUUUUUAGACCCACAGCAUAAUCCAAGUGUCUUUUUCCACUUGUCAGAUGAGGAGGCAAAACAAAUGCAGCAUUUCUACUGCAAAGUGGAACAUGCCAAAGGCUGACGAUAUGCAUUAUGUGGAACUUGAACGCAUGUAAUAUGGGCUGAAGCAAAAGGCAGAAGAAAGCAAAAGAGGGAGAAUUUAAUGCACAACUGAACUGUUGUCUCGUUAACUUCAGCUUAUUUUCUGAGAAUACAGUCCUCUGAGUUCAUGGACCUCUGGCUGUCACCUUUCCUGCAGAAACACUCAUGUAAUUUACUUCUCCCUCCUCAACAGCUCCCCCUGUUGGUUAGAUGUGCUCAUAGCGGUCGUCUCACAACCAUGAACUUGAUCCAGAGGAAGAUCUUUGUACACAAACUUCAUGGAGCAUUGAAUUUUUUUUUUUUGUCAUGGACCACUUUUGAUGUUUGGUAACACUAAAACACUGGUCAGACCACGUGUUAACUAACUCAGCGUGUAAAUACAGUUUAAUUUAAUUUCUUUUCUUGGCCUUGGUAUAACCUUCUUAACCUUGUUUGUACAAUUUCUGUGCCUGGCAUUUUAAAGACUGAGCUGUUUGAUCAUUCCAAUGCAGUGGACUCCUGCUAUUUUCCUUCCAAAGAGUUCACCCAAGUAUAAACUGAUUCACAUCUAAUCCCAAAGUUUAACCUCUGAAUUGGAUUUUUGUAUAAUAAUGCGGUGAAAUGUCUUUUUUUUUUUUUUUCAUUUAAGUGUACAGUAAGCAGCUUGGCAGCCAUGUUUGUCUGGAAUUUGUUGCACUAUGGAUCCUCAUGAAGCCAUUGAACAAAACAAGCGGUGCCUCUGUGUGUCUUAAGACGGGGAGCAGCAGUGACGUACUGGGUUUACAGUUUAACAAGAAUUUAAUUUGGUAUCAGUACUCAGUUCUCUCUGAUCAGUGUCGCUUUGGAGUUUUUACAGUAAAGAAAUCAAGUGAAGAGUGAAACUAAACUGGAAGUAGCUAAUCUGUAUCAACUUGCACGUGAUCCUCAAACUGGAAUAAUCAGAAUGUGACUUAUAAUUGAAAGGAUGAUGUGUGAUUGAAUGCAAGAAAAUGACCUUAAAACAUGAGGAUGUUGCUGUAAACCUCGUUUAGCUACACUAAACAGGAAGGUUGUGGGUUCAAAUUUUUGUAUGCAACUUUGAGAGUUUACAAAGAAAUGACAUUGUCAGAUAUUAGGACAGUGCUUGUGAGCAUACCUGUCAUUCCUCGACUGGAAUGCAGCAGGUCGGUGAAGGUAACAGUGUUCAGUCUUCCAGAUGUCCUUUGACGUGUCAGGCAGCACUGUUUCGGUAUGCAUGCGUGCAUAGGCAGUUCAUUUAGCACACAAAUGUCCUUUAUGAGCUCUAUAAACACGUGACGUCAUGAAAUUGGAAUUUAAAGUCAGGAAUUCAGUUUUUUUUCAUCUCUGAAAAACAAACGUACUUUGGGAGACAGGAAUAAUGCAAUGUUUACAAAGUGUUCUAAUUCUUUGCCCACAAAUUCUCUAUAUUUGUAAAAAGGCAACUAUCAGGUUUUCAAACUGGGUGCUGCUUAUUGAGCAAGAAAACUGGAUUCAGAACCACAGUUUGUAUUUUAAAGGUGGAACAUUUUACAGUUGCAAGACACACACACAGAGAGACUGGUGGAAAAUGCUUAUAAAUCUCUGCUUUGUCCAUUUGGUCAUGGAUUGCAAUAAAUUGAAAAUAAGA